GGCGAGGAAAGCGAGAUCUGGCGCCUUUCGUGCAGACCUCUGCUGCCUGCGUUGAGAUCUGACGAAAGCCUCGUGAACAACGCUGAGAUCUCGUAGUCUGAGAAUGAAGCUGCUGCUGGAGAGCCUCGGCGUCCUCAUCGGGUGCCUCACCGUGCCCCUCGAGGCCUCACCUUCCCCAUCCCUCCCCUCCCUCCCCGCAUUCGCCCUCUCCCCCUCUUCCCGCCACUUUGACGCGCCAGCACGGCCACUGCGGACUCUGCAGCAGCCUCGCGCCCGAUGGAGCAUGAAGUUCGAGAAGGCAUCGGAGCUGCGGAAGAUGUCGACUCCCGAGCUGGAGCAGGCACUCGUGACGGCGCAGAAGGAGGCGGCGAUGGUGCGGUUCAAGCAGACGGGCCGCAACAAGGAGUGGAAGCCGCACCAGCUCAAGCACGUCAAGAGGAAGAUUGCGCAGCUCUACACCAUCCUCUAUGAGAGGCACAUGGACACGCCCAGGGAUGAUCCGGGCAGGCUGAUCGGUGCGGCCGCUGAGAAGGAAGCUGCGCAGUGAUGACCUGGCGGCGAUGGGGGAAUGUGUGCUGGCUGUCCUCGUGAAUGCAAUGCAUCGAGGGUUGGGCUUUCUGAGCACUCGUGUGCUGGCCGAUGAUGUGUAAGGGCUGUUUUUGAGUGGCUGUUGCUGGGAUGGAGAACUUCUCAUUCAUUCAUUGACCAAUGAACGAUCAAUGGACACUUUCAACCGAGUCACCCAACUCC